GCACCUCCCCCGUGAGGGAGGCGAGAAAAUGGCGGCGGCGGCGGCGGCGCCUUGAGCGGCGCGUCCCAGGCUGGGCGGGCGCUGCACAGCGAUGGAGAAUGAACCAAACACAACAACGUGUUCUGCGCCUACGACGACCGUCACCACCACCUCCACCUCCCGCACCGCGCUCCCGCAGAUCUCCGUCUACAGCGGCUCCGACAGACAUGCUGUCCAGGUUAUUCAGCAGGCCUUGCAUCGUCCUCCUAGCUCAGCUGCUCAGUACCUCCAGCAGAUGUAUGCAGCCCAACAGCAGCAUCUAAUGCUGCAGACUGCUGCUCUGCAGCAGCAGCACUUAAGCAGUACCCAAUUUCAGAGUCUGGCAACUGUUCCACAGGCAAGCCUGUCAGGUGGGAGGCAAUGUUCUUCCCCCCCUGGGAGUGUCACUCAGCAGUCGAGCAUGUCGCAGACCUCGAUUAACCUCUCCACCUCUCCCACACCUGCACAGAUAAUAAGCCGCUCUCAGACCUCCAACACCACCAGCAGCAGCAUCACCCAGCAGACGAUGCUGCUGGGCAGCACCUCUCCCACCCUGAGUGCCAGCCAGGCUCAGAUGUACCUGCGAGCUCAGAUGCUUAUUUUUACUCCUGCGACCACUGUGGCUGCUGUCCAGUCUGACAUUCCUGUUGUCUCAUCCUCCUCCUCAUCUUCCUGUCAGUCUGCAGCUACUCAGGUUCAGAACUUGACGCUGCGCAGUCAGAAGCUGGGGGUGCUGUCAAGUUCCCAGAAUGGCCCACCAAAGAGCAGCACUCAAAGCCAGUCACUGUCCCUGUGCCCCAGUAAACCCAUCAGCAGUUCCAAGGGCAGCCAAGCGGAUCCCAAUGAAAGCAAUAGGAAAGGCGAGAGCCCAACCCCGGAGUGCCGGAGCACGCCGGUCACACGCACGUCCAGCAUCCACCACUUGAUAACACCAGCUUCAUAUUCUCCAUUGCAACCUCAUUCUCUAGUAAAGCAUCAGCAGAUCCCACUUCAUUCACCACCUCCAAAGAUUUCCCAUCAUCAGCUGAUACUGCAGCAGCAGCAGCAAGUCCAGCCGAUUGCACUCCAGACUCCUUCGGGCCAGGAGCCGCCUCCCUCCCAGCACUGUCUGCCCCUGCCGAGCCACGGGCUCCCCCCGGCUGCCAGCAGCGUCCCGUCCCACUGCUCCCCGAUCCACCUCCAUCCCCCGCCUCUGACGCUCUCUCCCACCCCGUCACAGUCAGCGCAGCAGUCGGUGGUGGUGUCCCCUCCGCCGUCCCACUCCCCGAGUCAGUCCCCCACCAUAAUCAUUCACCCCCAAGCCCUUAUCCAGUCGCAGGGGAGCUCCCUGGUGCCGGCGGCGCUGCAGCCGGAGCCGGCGGCCCCUGCGGCCGCUGCCAGCACCCCGGUGCGCCCGGGGGCGCCUCCGCUCAGCCUCCCACCUCACCUGCCGCUGCCGCCCUCGCCCGCCGUGCACAUCGGGGCGGUGGAGCAGCCCGGCCUGGUGCCCUCCGCGCCACACCAGCAAUACCCCGCCCUGCAGUCCGCUCCCAUCCCCCUGGCGGCUCCUCCCCAGCUCUCGGCGUCGUCCACCCAGAUUCAGCCGCUGCCCUUGCAGUCUGUGCAGUCUUUACAAGUGCAGCCUGAAAUUCUGUCCCAGGGCCAGGUUUUGGUUCAGAACACUUUGGUUUCUGAGGAAGAACUUCCCGCUGCAGAAGCUCUGGUCCAGCUGCCGUUUCAAACUCUUCCACCGCCACAGACUGUUGCAGUCAACCUACAGGUGCAGCCAUCGGUUCCCAUUGAAACUCCAGUGAUUUACCAAGUGGAGAAUGUGUGUGAGGAAGAGAUGCCCGAGGACUCCGAGUGUGUGCACAUGGCCAGAACACCCACACCCCCCACCUUGUCUCCACCAGCCAUAACCCUGGGGAAUGGAGAGGCCCUGAAUUCAGAUGAUCCUUUGUCAGAUCACGGGGGGCUGCCUUCAGUGACAUCAUCAGUCAGUGCCUCAGUAAUUAAAUCUCCAUCUGACCCUUCACAUGCCUCUAUUCCACCACCACCUCUUCUGCUUCCAGCAGCGACGACGAGGAGCAACAGCACCUCAAUGCCCAACAGCAUUCCUAGCCUAGAAAAUAAACCUCCACAGGCUAUUGUCAAACCCCAGAUCCUGACCCACGUCAUCGAGGGCUUUGUGAUCCAGGAGGGGUUGGAGCCGUUCCCUGUCAGUCGUUCAUCUUUGCUGGUGGAACAGCCUGCAGAGAAAAGGUUGCUGGUGGAGGGACAGAUCAUGAGUGUUGUGUGUGUGGAGUCAGACUUGCAGAACACAAAACACGCAGACAACUCGUCGGACACAGAGAUCGAGGAUAUGAUUGCAGAAGGUCUGUGGGAGGGACUGGAUGAAAUCGAAAAUGAACUUCUGAAGUGUGAAUUUUGUGGGAAAAUGGGGUAUCCCAGUAAGUUUCUACGGUCAAAAAGAUUCUGCUCCACAUCCUGUGCCAAAAGGCACAGCCUUAGUUGCACUAAGAAAUUUGGGCUGUUUCCAUCAGACAAGACCAGUCGUUGGAAUCGGAAGUCAGAUAGCCAAAGUCUUGGGCGGCGCGGGCGUCGGCCGAGCGGCCCUGAGGGGGCGUCACGAGAGCAUUUUCUUAGACAGCUUCCAAUUACUUAUCCAUCUGCAGAAGAGGAUCUGGCUCCUCACGAGGACGCUGUCCCGACGGCCAUGACCACCCGGCUGCGGAGGCAGAGCGAGAGGGAGCGGGAGCUGAGGAUCCGCAAAAUGCCAGAGAGCAUCGACCUGCUACCAGCGGUGCAGUCUGACCCCUCGGUGUGGACUGUGGAUGAAGUCUGGGCCUUCAUCCAUUCUUUGCCCGGUUGUCAAGAUAUUGCAGAUGAAUUUAGAGCACAAGAAAUAGAUGGACAAGCUCUCCUUUUGUUGAAGGAGGAUCACCUAAUGAGUGCAAUGAAUAUUAAGCUUGGACCUGCAUUGAAAAUCUGUGCACGUAUCAAUUCAUUGAAGGAAUCCUAGGAGGGUGAACAUGAAGGUUUAAACAACAGUUUCUCAGUGACAGAACUGACAGUAAUAUGCCCACAUCUUCACUGUGGCAUGAGUGUUACUGUGAUGUUUUGUUACAAUUGAGGGGGUGUUCCCCACAUAAGGACUUAAAAAUGUUCCUUUGCUUAUACCAGGUAGUCCUCUGUAGUUUCCAACAACCCAACAGGUUCAUGGUAAAGCCUGAGUAAUACUUUGAGUUGAAGUUUUUCAUGUAAAAACACGGAGUGAAAUACGCUGUGAUAGGUUAAAUAUUCCCCAACAUGGACUUCAUCUUAUGAGUUUAAGGUUAACACCCCAGCCCCCACCCCAAUCUAAACACCUUUUAGAUUGUGUUGCUGUAUUCUGAAAGGUUUUUUUUUUCCCCACAUACAGCAGUGUUUGGACUGAACUGACAGAAGUGUCCACAGGCCCUGUGGAAGCACUAGUACCAGUAAAAUGCUAUGCAUUUAGUUGUGCUCUCUGAGUUUCUUUUAGUCUUGAGCUAAUUGUUCGUAAGGGGUAGGUUGGCAGCUGGCUUACCCUCAUCUCUGCCACUAUAGUAUUUUCUUGAAGUCUGUAAAAUACUAUAAACCAUGUAGAUGUCUCAUCGAAAUCCUCACGAUCAGGCUACUGACACUCCCGCCAGAGGUAACUGAAGCACAUGGUACUUUACUCUUUGAAUGCUGCUAUGCACUAAGGGGGCAUUAAGUGUUAGUCUGGAGUUUCCCAUGCUGCUGGUUAAGCUGGAGCAGCAGUUCUCAAAUGGGGGUUCAGAGAGGGCCCUGAGGAGCUGGGUGAGCACUCGGAGUUCAGGUUCCCAAAUGCCUGGGUGGGAGGGGCUGAAGGCUCAGCCAGAAACAGUGUCGAGACGAGGUACUGCCGAGGCUGGAGGCAGAGAAGGGACAGCAGAGCUCACGUGUUCUUUUAACUGAUACCUCUUCUGACAUGUCUUUCCCUGUAGUGCAUUCCCACUGCCCCACUGGAAGCUCCCAAGCACCUUUGUUUGCUCCACGAGGCCCCUUCAGAGCUCGCUGGAGGAGCAGCUGCUGCUGUGAGGGAGCCCAGAGCUGGGGGUCAGCAGAAGGAAUGCCAACAUUUGGCAGCUCUGGGAGGAAUCUCCAGGGGCCCUGCUUUGUCCCUCUGGCAGGAGAUUUUGUCUUGGAUGCUGCAGGCUCAGGCAGUGGGAUUUUAGUGUCUCCCACCAUCUUCCUUCUCAGAGUUUUUGUGGAACAAACGCGUUUCCCCAGUUUCUGAUGCUCUUGGGAGCUGCCUGAGCUCUGAGGCAGCAGCACCUUCUUGGCCUUUGCUUCUCCAUCACCUGUGCACGGAUGUUCAUGGAUGUAUUUUGUACCUUCUGUGCCCUCCCUUUUGCAGCUCCACUCCCCUUGUGUACAGACCUGGAUCCCUAAACUCUUGUGUAGGGAAAGAAGGGUAUGUGUGCUGGUAGUUGUUGUGUAUAUUUGAAUUGAAUAUGUGUACGUGUCUGCAAAUAAUGUAUUUUGUAUUUUAUGCAAAUUAAUGCAUUCUAUGUGAUUGUGUAAGGAGGUAUUCGGGAGGACUGUAAAGUAUUCCUGAAAAAAAAGAGGAACUGACCUGAAGUUUGAGAACUGCUGCCCUAGAUCAAAAGGAGUCAAUGCACAUACACUGGCUGAGAGGCAGGUUUGUGACAGAUUAUUAUGUAUAAUAUUUAACUGAUGACUUUAAAGAGUAAAUUGGGAUUACAGAAAAAUCUGUGCUUCAUUUUCCUUUAAUUAGACUAUUGCUUUGUUUCCACUAACAGACUUUCUAUCCUUAUCUCCUGGAGAUCACCAUUAGAAUAAUUGUUUUUAAUUACAACUGUUUGAGCUUACCAAUAGCAGAUAUUAUCAAUAUUUUUAUGAACCACUGAGGCUCUAAGUUAGGACAACCCAUUGCUGUUACACGCUGGGAUGUGGUGAGAGCCCUUGUCCAAAUGUCACCAAAGGCUUGAGAGAAGGAAUCGAGGCCUGGGUUUACUUUGGAGGGAAGUUGCUGAGCACUUUCUGAUUUGUUUUUUUCUGUCUUCAGUUACUGUUGUAAAAUAAACUUCUUAGCUGAAGGUCCAACACGUGGCAGUGUUCAUCUGAAAGAUGUUCCAGUGAUGGAGACAGUGUGUUCCCAUUUGUAGCAUUUCUGUAAGAUACAGAGUGUAGCAUAUCUGUAACAUAUGUUCUAAAGGAUACCUUCUGUUUUGAUGAGCUGAUGGAAGACUAAAGAUACCUUAGAUAUUUAUCCUUUGGCUUUUGUCUCAAAGUUUUAUUAUUUUUAUACUGGAAAUUUCUCUGGCUAAUUUUUAACCUGUCUGCUGACUGUACUGUUCUUAGGCGAUGUAAAAAAGUAGGGCUAAGUAAGUGUGGUUUGAUAAUGGCUUAAGGCAUAUUAGAAACCGUGGACUUAGGAGUCUUCUUUAGACCUGCAGUUAAUCAUUGGUACACGCAUGAGACUUUCAUGGCUGUUUUGAUUUUGCUUUAUUAGGCAGCUUUCAGGAGAGCUUCCCCAGCCUGUGUUUGUGUCCAGCUCACUGCCAGGUGCCAGGAGCUCAGAGCAGACCCCAGAAAGGCACAUCUGUUCCUGCUCUGGUGCGUGACGUUCCCUCUGGGUUUGGGAGAGCCACAGACAGUGAGCUGUGCUUUAACUAUUCUUGAGUGCAGCAACUAAGAAUGUGGGCCUUCUGCAGAUGGGAAGUUUUUUCUCCCUCACUUAUUUUGGUAUUAAACUGGAACUUAAAAGCAGACACAGCUGUACUAACCUGUGCUGGUACAACUGCACUCCUGUGGGAGUGUUUGCAGGCAGGGCUGUGUCAAUAAAAUCAGUUUAAAAAAAAAAAAAAGGCACACUUGUACAUGAAAAUAGGCUGGAAAAUUUCCAAGUGCAACUGAAGACUACUUCAGAAGCUUUUGAAUUUACUCAAAAAGCAAUAUAAUACUUAGACUAAUAGUCCUCCAGAACCAUUUUACAUACCAACCACUUGUUGCUGUUCAGAUAGGUGAGGUUUUCCCAGGCUUAUACUGCCAUUUUCCAUGGCUUUCCCACACAUUAGGCUGGACCUCCUUGCAAAAGAGGAAGUAUUGCAGGUUUUAAUUGACUGGUUUUUAGCACUUGCUCCCACUGGAUGUAUCUACAAGAAAUCCUUUUAAUUAGCUUCAUUUCCUGGGGUUUUGCUUUCUGUAUUCAGACUUCUGCUGUUGUGGGCUACAUCUCACAGGAAUCCCUGCAGUAUUUCAGUCCCUAUGGGAAGCAGUGCAGGAUGUUGUGGGAUCUUUGCUCAGAAGGGAGGUGUUUUGCAUGGCUUUUUCCCUUCCUUUUUCUCCAGUGGUCCCCAUCCUGCCCUACUCCUGAAUGUGCAAACUGCAGCAUUAGCUCAGGGCAAACCCUCUGGCAGAGCACUGGGCUGAAUGUGGCUGUCAAGGUUUCAUCCAGUAGAAUUAGAAUCAUUACACUUGUCUCACUUCAGGGUUUGUUUGGGGUUUUAAAGAAAUACACAUGAAUGAGCAAAGUGGGUGUUCAGCCUCCCCUGCCUCGUCUGGCUCACAGCACUGAGCUCUGCAGCAGGAGCAGGAAACUCCUGGGAAGAAACCUGGCCACCUGCACUGACUUAAAGUGCCAGUUGUCCUGGAUCACCAGAGAGUGUUUGAAGGGUUUUCAGACAGACAGCUUUGUAAAUCCCUUUUUCUACCCAUCGUAUUUUUUCCAGAAAUGAAGUUGUUGACGGAGGGGAAAACCUUUGCUAGAUUUUUGUCCCUGAGAUACCUUAAAUGAAAGGUUUAUGUCCUGCAAACAUCCAUUUCCUCAUUUUUUUCCUGUGAAAAUAAGUUAGCUAAAACCGAUGCCUAUUCCAGGUGACUGUUGUCAUUUUAAUAUCCCAGUAUCAGUGCAGGAACUUCCAGCUCAGCAGCUUAACAGAGAUUUUACACACUGACAAAUGUAAGCUCUGAGUGAUCAGAGAACUUGGUGAUAUCUGUGUUGAGAUUUAAAAAGAAUUUUCCUCCAGAAGUAAUUAUAACUUCAGCACAAUUGUACAUUCACAGAAUAGUGAUCAUAAAUACUGUUGAAGUGCAAUAAGUAACACUUGAGGAGCAUUCUAAUUGUGUUUUAAAAGCACUGUAUUGGUCCAUAGGGUUGUUGGGAGGUUUGUAGUGUUGUUCCUAAUCCUAAACGAGGGUAUCAGUGCUGAUUAUGGGAUUAGGCUCCAAGCAGAGAUGGAAUGGAUUCCUGAGGUGGAUCUGCCCUGGGGGUGGAGCCCAGGCAGCCUGUGGGAAGGCUCGGGUUGGCCUCCACUACCUCGCCAGGAUGUUCCCAUCCUCUGGCAGCCUUUUGCAAAGUCAUUUUUGGGAAGAACAGUAAGAGAUUCUGCACACUCAACUCCUUUUUUUAAAGUAGUCUUUGUGUCACAGAGUGAGCAAACCGGUACUGAUCAGGAAACCUGUGUAAAGGUGAAGGGUUUUAUCUCUGAGUGCCAAAUACUCAGAGCUGAAAAGAUGUAGAAUACCAUUAAAAUCAGUGUUGAUUUGUUAGACAUUCUUUCUAUGAGGAAAGUACAGAAGUUCCUCAUUAAGGGUUAACACGUCAGCUGCUCUUACCAUUAAUAUCAAAUAAUCCUAUAAGAAUUAAAGGCUGUAAAGUAUCUGAAAUGUUUUCUUUGGCUGCAUGUUGUGGACUCCCUGUAAAAAAAAAAAAAAUAGAAUGUUAAGAACUUUAAAUGGCUUUAGGAGCGCUGCAGCAGCUCUGGUAGUUCUGUCACGGUGGGGUAGAUGGGGUUGUGGGAGCUUUAAUUAGGGGUUGGGCAGCUGAACCACACUGAUAAAUAAAGCACCUCGACAGCCUCACCCAACUCGUUGCAGUUCCAGUUCUGUGUAUGUUUGGGAAUCAGAAGGGUGAGACUUGCCAUGCAAAACACACCUGAAAUGGACUGGAAAAUACCUUUGCCUUCACCUGGUGUUACAUUAAUUUUAAAUGAGGAAUUUCCCCUGCCUGCCCAGUCUGUAGGAAUUAGUUAUUUCAUGAUCUUCUCAAAUGCCUGGUGCAUUACUGUAUUUGAGGUAAUUUGCUGGUUUUUAAAUGGAAUUGGGUUUUGUAAAUAUUUUGGCAGCCCCAUUUCAGUGGGUGUCCAGUUUAUAUAAAACCUGAAGAAAUGCUGUGUCAAACCCCUGUGUUUAGCCAUGGUUUAUCCUGUAGCACCUCCAGCACUAACUGACAGCAACUGCAGUUUGAGAGAGCAGGGAGUGAUUGCUCAAGGUUGUUUUUCCAGUUAACAAUGUUUGUGCUUUCCCACUUUUAACGUGGAAGCAGAAUUUCCUCCGAAUACGUUUUCCAGCAUAAAAAAAAAAGAAAUAAUUUGUGGUGCCAAACACUUCAAAAUAUGUUGCUAAGUGUUGCCUCCUCUUCUUGCACUAGUUUUAAAAUUCAGUUUUUGAUCACUUACUGUCCUUUUGAUGGCCUUUUUAACAGAUUUUCCCCCAAAACCACUUUCUACUCCUGAAAAAUGCUUGUGUCCUUUUCAUUAUAUCGUGGAAACCUCCAAGGAAUUUACCCCAGACUGUGGAUGAAAGAAGCACUGUGUGGGGUGAAGUAAUAAAAGAAAAUAAUCAGACUCUGAUAUGUUUCAGAAAUGUAAGAUUAAUUUAUGAUUGAGAUGUGAUUGUGUAUUCUUAUGGAGUAAAAUACUGGAAUAUUCUUUUAUAAGAAAAUUUAGCCCACAUAGCGUUAAAUCCUGCAAUUAAAUCUAUCUCUAUAAUUGAUAUAUAAUAAUGUAAAUUAUAGCCCAAAAUUUAAAUUUUACAGUGGAAGAGCACACAGUGAAUUAUGUAAAAGUAUGAUCCUCACUUUGUGAAUCGUUUUUAAGAAGCACUUUCCUAUCACCAACUCGCAUGUGAAUGAAUUUUAGAUUCUCUCCUUUGUUAUGAUCUGUAGAAGUGAAAUUUCUUCGAUCUGUCUGUUAAUGGGUAAAUCCAUCCUACAAAUGCUGAAACAAAGCACCUUAUACUAUGCUGCUUAAACUUGCUUGUAAUUGCACCUUUUGUUAUCUGCAGAGUUUUCUUAACGAGUGUUCUGGUGUGAAUCAUCGUUCCCUGUGGGUCUGGGGGAAUGAUUAACCAACCUGCAGCAUCGUUUAGUUUCUCUUUCAAUACAACAUUGUAUUGUGAGUUCAGUGCUUCACAAAUAAAUGCUACUUUCAUUUGUC